AUGAUUCACGGUGAUUUAUCACAAAAUCCUACACCACCGCAGCGCAUGAAGUUGGAAAUAGAAGGCGGUAUUGGAGAUUGGAAACAGGUACCAGAGUGCGUGCGAGAGACAUUACUAAAAAUCCUCAGUUCCUCCACUCCUAAGGCACCAUCAUCAUCCUCUGCUGCUCCAGUUCCUGCUGCCGCCGCUGCUGUUGAUACAUCCGAGACAACGUUUACCAACAACAACAGUUACAUCAACAACAACAACAACGAUACUGGUAUGUUGUUACUACCACUGCGGUACAAAGGGCCCAAGACAGACAUCAGUGCCACUCUCAACACUCUGUACGAGACACAACGCCCGCCAGCGCCAUUUGUGCCGAAUAUUCAGUCUGUCGUAACGGACCUUGAUGAGAAGUUGCGACGUCUCUCUCCGCCAUCACGUGCGGACCCCACCACUAACAACAACAACAAUACUACUACUACUAUUACUACUAAUACUACAGCAGUGAAAAAACGAUCGCCCGUGCGGGAGCCGCAACUUUUGGAGGAUCGUCGUGUCUUUUACGGCUACCCGGUGGAAUCACAGCCGGUGCCGUCGUCCUCCACCUCUCGACGUGCGGCCCCCGCGCGUUCCCCACCGUCGCCGGCCUGUCGUCCGCUGGCGUUAUCGGCGGGGGCGGCGGUGAGUCGCGUGGUGAGUGGCCGGCAGCGAUCGGCGGCGGUGGAUGUGUUGUUGCGACUGCACGCCGCGGCCGUGCGGUUGUGUGAAGUGUACGACACGCCGGUGUUCGCUGGUGUGUACGAUGCGAUGCGGUUGGACCCGCGGCGGGCGGCGGAGAAGUACGACACCGUGCGGCCGGCCGCCCACCCCUCGCGGGCGCAGGAGGCCGCGUUGGCAGCCGUCGCGGAGGCCCUCGCCGUCCUGCGGGAGGCGACGGUGGAACUCAUCGCCGUUGGACUCACACCAGAGGAGAAGCGCACACGCGGUGUGGAUACACACAAGUAUCAAACACGACAUGAGAGGAAUACAAAGUAUCAAUAUACCACACCGGAUAUUAAACACAUGAAGGGGAAAUCGGGCUCUACACUAGAGGGGCUACUCAAGCGUGCCACUACGGCUAAUGCUUCGGCACACACUAGAGAAGAAGAGGAAGAAGAUGAAGAUGAACAUGAAGAGGAGGAGGAGGAAGAGGAAGAAGAAGAAGAGGAGGAAGAAGAAGAAGAAUUAGUACCGGUGCGUGCGAAGAAGUUUGUAAAAGAGAAUAACCGGCAUAGAGAUCAUAAACUAGAGGAAUCUAAGAAGUCCACUGUAUCCCGUCCCAGGAAUGCCGCUGCUACUGCUGCGUCUCCGGCUUUCCAUAUAGAUCCUGUGAAGGAGAAGAGGGGAAACCUCAAUACCGCAAAGACACAACCUAGACCCAAGCCGAAAAGUUCUGCAGAUACAACGAACAAACCCACCAUAUUCCAGCCACCACAAUUCCAUAAUCAACAACAAGAAAAACAACAGCAACAAGAACAAGAAAAGCGGCAGCAACAAGAACAAGAGAAACAGCAGCAACUACAGAGACAGCAACAACAACAGAGACAGCAACAACUACAGAGACAACAACAACUGCAGAGACAGCAGCAACUGCAGAGACAGCAACAACAACAAAAACAACAGCCAAAGAAACUGCAACGACUCUCGUCUGAAUCGUCUACAGAAUCAUCUGCGGGGCCACCACGUGCUCCUGCGGUUGCUAGUAAGACGAAGAGUGCCGUCCCCGCGCCGGCAGCUGCAAGGCCAGCGGCACCGCGGCCAAAGGAAACAAAGUCAUCUGCUGCCGUAUUGGAAAGGUUGCGUCAAAAUCUCUCUCAGUCAACACUCACUAUAGGAUCCAGUGAUACUGCCAGCAAUCAUGCGGCGGGAAAGAAAGUGGAACACCCUUCAGCUCCGGUUCAACCCAAAGGAUCGCCCCUUUCAUUUGGAAAGUUUGAUAUCAAGCGAUUCAGGAUCGAUAGUGAUAGUGAUUCGGAUUCAGGUUAG